GGAGGCGGCGGCGGCGGCGGCGGCGGCGGCGGCGGCUGUCAGUCACCCGUCAGUCGACUCCCGGGCGGCAGCUGUCAAUCUGUCAAGCAGCCGCGCUGCCAGGCAACGGCAACACCCCGGCGUCCAGGGAGACCUCCGCACCCUCUCCAUCCAUCACACACUCCACUGUAUGCAGCACCAUGUUUCUGUAGCUGUUAUUUUGCUCCCUCUCCCUCAGAAGAUAGGUGUUUAUUUUUUUUUGGGAAGCCGUCUCCGAUGAUUUCCCCGUUACCUGUGGAAUUGCUGCCCGCCGCCGCCACCUCCACCUGGACCCCUGAUGCGGGCGCUCAGGGUAUGUUCGACCGAAAGCGUUCAGCGGUGCGCAACAUUCAGCAGAGCCUGGUGCUGGAGCUCCUCGGCGAACCGAACGUGGCCCUCCAGAACUAUCAAGCCAGGUCCCCGGAGGAAAGCAGCUCGCUGCACAAUUCAAUCCAAGACUGGGGAGAAGAGAUAGAGGAAGGAGCUGUUUACAAUGUUACCUUGAAGAAGGUCCAGAUACAGCAAGCAGCCAACAAGGGUGCAAGAUGGCUGGGGGUGGAAGGAGAUCAGGUGCCCCCAGGUCACACCAUCAGCCAGUACGAAACAUGUAAAAUUCGCACUAUCAAAGCCGGAACCCUGGAAAAACUAGUCGAAAAUUUAUUAACUGCCUUUGGAGACAAUGAUUUUACAUAUAUCAGCAUAUUUCUGUCAACGUACAGAGCGUUUGCUUCAACAGAGCAAGUUUUGGAACUGCUGCUGGACAGGUACGGAAACUUUGAGUGUCAAAGCUGUGGUGAAGAUGGCAGUCAAAGUACAUCAGAAGUGAGAGUCGUAAUUAGGAAUGCUAUAGCCUCAAUUCUGCGAGCCUGGCUGGACCAGUGCUCUGAAGACUUCCGGGAAACUCCGAAUUACACGUGCCUCCACAAGUUACUCUGCUACCUGAGACAGACAAUGCCAGGCUCCGAUCCUGAGCGAAGGGCUCAGAACCUCUUGGAGCAGUUUCAGAAUCAGGAGCUGACAGAACAGGAGCUGGACAAUGGUUACCAUGGAAACAUCACUUUCAGUCUUGGAGAGGAAGGGGAUGUAGAGAUAGAUGGAAUUGAAGAAAAACAGGAUUUCCUCUCCUUCUCAUCAGAUAAAGUGGCAGAACAGUUGACUUACAUGGAUGCUGAAUUGUUCAAGAAAGUUGUUCCACAUCACUGCUUAGGCUGUAUAUGGUCCAGAAGGGACAAAAAGGGAAAUAAGCACCUGGCACCCACCAUUCGAGCCACCAUCACCCAGUUCAAUAUCCUCACAAAAUGUGUCAUCAGUACCAUAUUGAGGGAUCUACAGCUGAAGCCACAGCAAAGAGCCAGAAUCAUCGAGAAGUGGAUUGAUGUUGCCCAGGAAUGCAGGAUCAUGAAGAAUUUCUCCUCACUGCGUGCCAUACUUUCAGCCUUGCAGUCAAACCCCAUCUACAGACUGAAGAAGGUUUGGGCUACUGUAUCAAAAGACAGCAUGUUGAUGUUUGAAGAGCUUUCAGAAAUAUUUUCUGACCAAAAUAAUCAUCUGACAAGUAGAGAGCUCCUAAUGAGGGAAGGCACUUCAAAAUUUGCAAAUCUGGACAGCAGUGUGAAAGAAAACCAGAAACGGACUCAGAAACGGCUGCAGUUGCAGAAAGAUAUGGGUGUGAUGCAAGGGACUGUGCCAUACCUUGGUACCUUCUUGACUGAUCUGACAAUGCUGGACACUGCACUCCCGGAUUAUGUUGAUGGUGGUUUGAUCAACUUUGAAAAGAGGAGAAGGGAAUUUGAGGUGAUUGCACAGAUUAAAUUGCUGCAGUCUGCCUGUAACAGUUACUGCAUCAGUCCUGUCCAAAGUUUUCUCAAGUGGUUCCACAGUCAACAGUACUUAACUGAUGAAGAAAGCUAUAAUGUGUCCUGUGAAAUAGAGGCAACAUCCGAUAUCAGUCCCACAUCUCCAAAGCCCCGGAAGAGUAUGGUGAAGCGACUCAGUCUGCUCUUUCUAGGGUCUGAUGUCAUCACGAACAGUACUCCAACGAAGAGCUGUGAGCAGCCCAAAUCCCCUCCAAGUGGGAGUUCUGGGGAAAGCAUGGACUCUGUCAGUGUCUCGUCAUCCGAUUCCAACAACUCUGAAAUGGAAGAGAACUCCACAACUCCCACUGACACUCCAGAAGGACCACAGCAAAAGUCAUCUGAAUCUUUAUCAUCAUGCUCGUCCAUUCACUCAAUGGACACGGCUUCUUCAGGAGUCUCAUCAUUAAUCAGUACUGUUUCAUCAUCGCCUUCAUUCCCCCUCGAUCCGAAGAUCCACAAGCGCUCUUUCUCUGUGACUUCCUGCGGUUCAACGUUAUCACUUCCUGUGUACAACCAGCAGAAUGAAGAUAGCUGCAUCAUCCGGGUCAGCCUAGAGGAUGACAAUGGAAAUCUGUACAAAAGCAUUUUGCUGACCAGCCAAGACAAGACGCCUGUUGUAAUCCAGAGAGCCAUGUCCAAGCACAAUCUGGAAGGAGAACAUUCAGAGGAAUAUCAGCUUGUCCAGGUCAUCUCAGAAGAUAGAGAACUGGUAAUUCCAGACAACGCCAAUGUUUUUUACGCAAUGAACACUUCUGUGAAUUUUGACUUUAUUCUGAGAAAGCGGAGCCUAAAUCGUCAAGUUAAGCUGCGGAGUCGAUCCAGCUCGACACUACCCAGAACUGCCAAAAAAGGAAUAAUGACAAACAGACUGAGCAAAGUUACACUGUGAGGGAGACCGACCAGUGCGUUCAUCUCCGCCAGAGAUGGACACUACCACUCAGUAUUGAGAGCCCUGGAAUGUAUGUGAAUAAAAAUCACCUAGGCAGUAUUUUACUUAAUUUACCCAACAACAUGAAUGGCAUUGACCAAACUUUAAACUUUUGAGAAUAGUGCUUGUUCAUUGUUGAAAUGUUUUGCACAUCAGCCUUGUUUAGAAUAGGCUAAGUUUUAAUCAGGCUGGAGGAUCAUUGGCAGGCUUGUCACAGCCCCAGUGAAUCAAAUAAUUCAAGUGAAUCAAUUCAGAGAAGGGGAGGAAGAACUUUAUUUACUAACCCUGUUGACUAAUUGUGGUUGUUGGCUCUGUUUCCUGCAAGGUCACAUUAGAACUAGUGACUGCCCUCCAGUUAUUGGCCAGAUGAUGAAUACUUUUAGAAAGUGUUUGGAUUGGCCUUUAAACCCUUCAGCAGAUGUUUCCAGCCUCUCACCCCUCCCUGCCUAAUGAUUUAAUCACUUCUGGAUGUACAGAAUUAAACCUGCCUUCAACGAAGGACAACUGCAAGAAAUGAUGAAAGGAGGGUGUAUUGUGCCAAUAAUGUUGCACUUGUCUUGAAAUGCUGGUCAGCUUUAUACUGAACUGUUAUUUUGUAUGUACAUUUGUAAAUGUAAGCUAUUUAGGAGGGGCUGGGGGAUCUUUACAAGAUGCAGAGGGGACCAAAUUAUCUGGAUUAUGAAUAUUAUGACCAUUUUUGUCCACCAUUUUAUCUGUUUUACGACUAGAACUGCCAUUAUCUUGUGAGCUCUGCCUGCUAUAACCUAUCAAGCAAGCAAUUCCCUGUGCAGGAUUUGACAGUCAAGAACCUAAUCUUACAUUUACUCAUUGAUCUUUUAAUUUCAGUGCAAUCAUUUCUCAGGUGUAGAGCAUGUUCACUCCUCAGAUAUUUCCCAACCAAAAAAAACUUCAAAAUAACUUAAAUGUGAAGAAUGUCUCAACAGUAUUUAGUUUGUUUCAAAUUUGGUUUUGCACUAUGUAUAAAUUAAAUGACACAAAAAGUGCUUGAUGCACUUUUACAAUUUUGGGUAUUUGUCGCACAAUUCCCACAGUUUUGGUAUCCAUGUGCCUAUGAGCUGUGAUGACAUGAGGCUUUGGGGAGCUCUCACUCCUCGAUUUGGAGCCCUUUGCUUUCUCUUUCCUCAUCCUAUUGAUCUGACAGAUCCCUGUCAAUGAUUUGGUCAUCAGAUGCAAUCACCCCAAACCACCAACUACUUAGAUUCAAAAUCUGGGCCAUGUUUGUCAGCACUGGGCAUAGACAUUACGAUAAAAAUGUCUAAGAUAUUGGUGUAACUCCUGAAUGUAUACUUUUGUAAAUAUUUUUCCAAAUUCCUUGUAUAAUUGUAUAAUUUGUUUUAAAAUAGUUACUAAAAAUAAAUUUCAUUGCAUCAGUUUA